GCGGUGUAACGGCGGUGGCUAAGAUCAUUCCAGGGAAGGCAGCUGGUAAUACUUUUGGACUAUAAGAGCUACGGCCUCCGCAACCGAAAUCUCAGCGCCUUCCCAGUACAUCAUCAGUAAACACGAAGAAUAUCGAGGGAUCAUUUCGCAGCUACUUUCUUCUAUAAACCUCUUCAGAAAAAAUGACUAGUAGCCCAAUAACGGGGUUGCUGGUCGCGCUCUGCAUAGGCAGCGCUGUCCAUUGUAUGCCGCAGUCCACGGGGAAAAAUAAACGGCAAGCCCAGGAACAAAAUGUAACUGUUUGCCUUACAGACGGGUGCAACGAAAAUGGUCGCUUUUACAGAGUGAACGAUCAGUGGGAACGGCCGUAUAUGGGCAGUACUUUGCUCUGUACUUGUCAAGGGACGGCUGGAGUAAAGUGUAAAACUAAACCAGAAGUCGAGGAGACUUGCUACGAUAAAAUCAACGCGAGGUCAUACCGCGUUGGGGAGACCUACGAACGCCCCAAGGAUGGCAUGAUCUGGGACUGCACUUGCAUCGGUUCUGGAAAGGGCAAAAUAAGCUGCACAAUUGCCAACCGCUGCCACGAAGGAGGCCACUCAUACAGAAUUGGAGACACUUGGAAACGUCCCCACGACACUGGAAAUUAUAUGCUGGAAUGCGUUUGCCUAGGGAAUGGAAAAGGGGAGUGGACAUGCAAACCAGUGGCUGAGCGUUGCUAUGACAAUGCCGCAGGAGCAGCCUAUAUGGUGGGUGAGACAUGGGAGAAACCUUAUCAGGGCUGGAUGGUUCUAGACUGCACUUGUCUGGGUGAAGGGAAUGGCCGCAUCACCUGCACCUCAAGAAAUCGCUGUAACGACCAGGACACCAGGACCUCCUACCGGAUCGGAGACACCUGGACAAAGAAGGACGCUCAGGGCAACACACUGCAGUGUCUGUGCAGUGGCAAUGGACGUGGUGAAUGGAAAUGUGAGAGGCACGCGGCUCAUCACACCACUGCACUCGGCACAGGCUCUCGUGUCGUGGCACAAGUCAAACCAGUGGUGGACCAGCGGAACGUUGUAACGGAGCUCCUCGAUGACGGACCCUGUCGCACAGACUCUGGGGUGGCUUACCAACUGGGCAUGCGCUGGCACAGGACUCAGGGAAACAAGCCCAUGCUGUGUACUUGUCUGGGUAAUGGAGUCAGCUGUGAGGAGACAGAGGGUCAGUCACAAGUAUAUGGUGGAAACUCCAACGGCCAGCCAUGUGUCUUCCCCUUUGUGUUCAACGGAAAGACAUACUAUUCCUGCACAUCAGAAGGUCGGACAGAUGGACAGCUGUGGUGCAGCACCACCUCAGACUACGGCGCUGACGGCCUGUACUCUUUCUGUACUGAGAGGAACGUUGUGGUACCAACUCGAGGUGGCAACUCCAACGGCGCUCUGUGUCAGUUCCCCUUCAUUUACAACGGACGUAAUUACACCGACUGUACUUCUGACGGUCGCCGUGAUGGAAUGAAAUGGUGCGGCACGACCACCAACUACGACAACGAUCAACGCUUUGGCUUCUGCCCAAUGGCUGCUCAUGAGGAGGUGUGUACCACCAGUGAUGGAGUGAUGUACCGUACGGGAGAUGAAUGGGACAAGCGCCACGACGUGCUAGGUCACAUGAUGCGCUGUAAAUGCCUGGGUAAUGGACGUGGAGAGUGGAGCUGCAUUGCCUACUCCCAGCUGAGAGACCAGUGCAUUGUGGCCGGUCAGACGUAUGAGGUGAACGAAACCUUCAACAAACGCCACGAUGAGGGCUAUAUGAUGAACUGCACGUGUUUCGGCCAAGGCCGCGGCCGCUGGAGAUGUGACGCUGUCGACCAAUGCCAGGAGCCAGAGACCAAAGUGUUCUACCAGAUCGGUGACACCUGGGACAAAGUUGCCCACGGAAUCCUAUAUAGGUGCUAUUGCCAUGGCAAUGGCAUUGGAGAACUGGCCUGUGAACCAACACAGUCUAGAGGCCCUGUCCGGGUUAUUAUCACAGAGGCAGGAAACCAACCCAACUCUCACCCUAUCCAGUGGAAUGCUCCAACCUCUGCACACAUCACCCAGUACAUCCUGAAGUGGAGAGUGAAAAAUUCCCGUGUCCCCUGGAAAGAGGUGACCAUUCCUGGACAUCUCAACUCUUACACUAUCUCAGGCCUCAAGCCUGGUCUUACUUACGAGGGUCAGCUCAUGAGCUUCCUACGGAGCGGUCGUCGAGAGAUCACUCGCUUUGACUUCACCACCACCUACGGCUCUUUGGCAACCUCAGAGGGCGAGACCACCCAGCCCCCACCACUGGUGGCCACCUCUGAGUCCGUAACUGAAAUCACCUCCAGCAGCUUUGUCAUCUCCUGGGUCUCUGCAUCUGACACCGUGUCCGGUUUCAGGGUGGAGUACGAACUCACGGAGGAAGGAUCCAAGCCCAAGACAAUUGAACUACCCCGUACAGCCACAUCUGUGAACAUCAGUGACCUCCUGCCCGGACGCAGAUACAAUGUACAAGUGUAUGAGCUCCAACCAGAGGGAGAUGCUACCCUUAUCCUUACUACCACGCAGACCACUGCCCCUGAUGCUCCAACUCAACAUGAGGUUGGUGAGGUUGGGGAGACCUCCAUUGUGAUCAGCUGGUCCAGACCCCAAGCUCCAAUCACAGGCUACCGUGUUGUAUACACGCCAUCUGUCGAAGGUAGCAGUACCGAGCUUACACUCCCUGAAAGUGCCACCUCUGUCACACUGGGUGACCUCCGACCUGGCGUGCUCUAUAAUAUCAGCAUUUUCGCUGUGGAGGACAAUCUAGAGAGUGAGCCGGUCUUUGUGCAAGUCAACACAGCCGGACAGCCACAACAUGAGGUAGUCCCAGCUCCCACAGACCUGCAGUUCUAUGAAGUGUCAGAUGUAAAGAUCACCAUUACUUGGACGGGUCCUCCCGAUGAUGUGUCUGGCUACCGCGUGGCCUUCCUCCCAGUCAGUUCUAGUGGUACUUCAGGAAAAGCCCUUCAUCUUCCCAUCACACACAAUGCCUACGCAGAAAUCACACACCUUCAGCCCGGCACACUCUACCGGUUCUACAUCUAUGCUGUCAGCGGAGGAUCUGAGAGUGAACCACUGGUCGGGGAACAAUCCACAAAACCGGACGCUCCUACCAACUUGCGCUUUGCCAACGUGACGGAGGACAGUGCCUUGGUCAUCUGGAACGUGCCCAGGGCAGUGGUGACGGGGUAUCGUCUCUUCCUGAUCGUGGAGGGUUCCAACCCCAAACAGCUCCGCAUCCCAGCCCAACAGUCACAGUACCCUCUGACCAGUCUGCGACCAAACACCGAUUACACAGUCACUCUCCAUUCUGUGCAAGGCAACCAGCUUAGCGAGGGUGUCACCAGCAUUUUCACCACUUCUCCAUCCAUGGGAAAUGCCCCUCGUUUCACCACAGAUGUCACAGACACUUCCAUUAUCAUUACCUGGACCCCUGUGCCACGCUUUAGCUACAAGGUGUCAGUGUGGCCCAGCGAAGGUGGUGAAGCACCUAGAGAUGUGACCUCUGCUACAGGAAGUAUUUACAUUUCUGGCUUGACACCUGGACUGGAGUAUACAUACAGUGUCCAGCCCAUGGUUAAUGGCCGUAACCAUGGCAACCCCAUUACACAAAAUGUUGUCACAUCCCUGUCUCCACCAACUGACCUAAACGUGCAGUCCAACCCAGAUACAGGCGAUCUUACCGUUCGCUGGCGCCCCUCUGCAACUCCUGACAUAAGUGGAUACAGGGUGACUUGCACACCAGCCAAUGGACAGCGUGGAAAUUCACUGGAAGAGUUUGUGAAAGAAGACCAGAGUUCAUGCAUCUUGGAGCAUUUAAGCCCUGGAGUGGAGUAUAAUGUCAGUGUGUACACUGUCAAAGACCACAGAGAGAGUGAGCCCAUCUCUGCAACCAUUACCCAAGAUGUGCCGAGGUUGCGGGACCUCAGUUUUGUCGAUGUCACCGACACGACUAUCAGUUUGAAGUGGAGUCCGCUAAACUAUACCGCUGUAACGGGAUACCGAAUCGCAGUAGUUGCAGCAGGCGAGAGCAUUCCGAUUCUCGAGGAUACGGUGGAUUCUGCCAUCGGUUAUUACACAGUACGCGGGCUGGAGCCCGGAAUCGACUAUGACAUCAGCGUCACAGCGCUUACGGAUGGAGGGGAGAGCGAACCAGCCAUGAUCAAGCAGCAAACAACUCAGACUGCCGUCCCUGCUCCCAAAAACGUGAACUUUGAUGAGGUGGGCCCAGACUCCAUGCGUGUAUCCUGGACUGCACCCGCUGUACACCCUAAUGACAUCACGCGCUUUGUUGUCCGUUAUCAUCCCGUGCACAACGACGAUGACACCCAAGAGGUCAAUGUGGGCGGAGGUACCAACUCUUUCGUCCUGCAGAAUUUACUGCCAAACACAGAGUAUCUGGUGAGCGUCGUGUGUGUGUACGAGGAGCGAGAGAGCACACCUGCGACUGGCACUCAACGAACACUCCUGGAUUCACCCACUGGUCUGGACUUCUCUGAUGUUUCCACCAAUUCCUUCACUGUUCACUGGGUGGCCCCACGAGCCUAUAUCACUGGCUACCGCAUCCGCUAUCAAAUGACCAAAGGCGGUCGUACUAAGGAAGAAAGACUUCCCCCGAACCGUAACCGUUACACUCUGAUGAACCUGGUCCCCGAAACAGAGUAUGUGGUCCAUGUCUACGCCAUCAGUGGCUCCGAAGAGAGUCUGCCCCUCACUGGAACUCAGGCCACAGUUUCUGAUGCCCCCACUGAUCUAGAGGUGGUGGAUUCAGGCCCCACCAGCAUCACCAUCCGCUGGGAUGCCCCUGCUGUCCCUGUACGCUUCUACAAGAUCACUCACGGAGAAUCAGGGGAGACACCCCAGGAGUUCACGGUACCGGGGACUCAGACAACAACCACUAUUGAUAACCUGAGUCCAAACACUGACUACACCAUCACUGUAUACGCAGUUAGUGGGAGAGGGGAUAGUCCGGCAACCAGCACACCCAUUUACAUCACUCACAGGACCAAUGUUCCAUCUCCCCCUGGAAUGGAGCUGACAGAUGUGAAGGAGAGAACCAUGACUGUGCGCUGGACUCCUGCUAAAGGACCCAUCUCUGGAUACAGGGUGACUGGGGUCCCCAAGCGUGGUGUUGGUCCUUCAGUCUCCAAAACCGUGGGACCUGAUCAGACAGAGAUGACAUUCACUGGUUUGAUGCCAGCAGUGGAGUACACAGUGAGUGUCUAUGCUAUUGGCACAGAUGGAGAGAGCCCCCCAGUGGUGGAUAAAGCUAGUACAACCCAGGACCAACCCAAAGACUUGACUUUCUCUGACGUGGACACCACUUCCCUGCGGGUGACGUGGGAUGUUCCAGACAGGACCGUGACCUCGUACAGAGUUCUCUACUCCAGCUCCGAGGAAGGGGAACGCGAAUACCAGCCCGCCCCGAGAGGCCAAGACGACAGCGUGCUGUUGCGUGGUCUGCGUCCAGGGACCGAGUACACAGUCAAAAUCAUUCCCAUGCACGGUCGCACCCCCAGCCAACCACUGGAGGGCACCCAGCAUACAGCGAUCCCCGCUCCCACCAACCUGCAGUUCAUCGAUGUCGGGCCCUCCGCGUUCACCGUGGUCUGGCGUGCCCCCAACGUCAGACUGUCUGGCUACAGGAUCACGGUGAACCCCAAGAACGUCAGAGCCCCAUCUAAAGAGAUGAACAUUGCCCCUGAUUCUACACAGGCCCACAUAACUGGACUUAUGGUUGCCACUGUGUAUGAGGUGCAUGUCUAUGCGCUGAAGGAUUCAACCAGCAGCAGGCCUCUGACAGGGGAGGUUACCACCACUGACAACAUCAGCCCACCCCGCCGCGUCCGCAUUUUGGACGUGAAGGAGGCUUCCGUUACCCUGACUUGGCGUGCCAAAACUGAACCGAGGACAGGUUUCCUCAUUGAGGCCACACCCACCAGUGGCAGCUAUCCCACCAUCAGGGAGACCACGCCCGCUGAUGCUCAUACCUACACCAUCUCUGGUCUGCAGCCAGGCACCAGCUACACAAUCUACAUCUACACAUUGAAUGGCAACAGCCGAAGUGAUCCCUUUGUCCUGCCCGUCGAAACAGUUCGGCCAGCUGUCCAGUCUCCCACCAACAUCCAGUUCACCUCUUUGACCCCCAACUCAAUCUCCUUCACCUGGCAUCCUCCCACCACUCGCAUCACAGGAUAUUAUAUCACCUAUGAGGAAUCAGGAGGGGCCCCCAGAGAACUCCUGCCCCGCCCUCAUGCCAGUGUGAACUAUGCCACCAUCACUGGUUUGAAACCAGGAACUGAGUACAUCAUCAAGAUUAUUGCUCUUGUGAAUACUCAGAGAAGCUCCCCAUUGGUUGGCAAGGCCAGAACUCAAUCAACCUCCAUGCUUCUGCCGCCGACGCCACCACGCCAAGGCACCCAUGAGCACCUGGACGUGCCCGAGAGUGAAUUCGAUGACAACAGCGUUCAGGUGGUGGGCACCAACGGUCAGGAUUCGCUAGGCCAGCAUGGCCAAAGCGUCGAGUACACUGAAUACAACAAGCACAACCAGCCCACCCAUGGGCCCCAGCAUCCUCACAUACCCCAGGUGGGCGAGACCCUGGUCUAUGUCCCCCAGACUGGGCCCGGAGGACCCCGGGUACCCAUAGUGCAUGUGAGUGAAGGGCCGGGCCACGGCCUCCCUUUGCAUUUUCCAGAAAACGCGACAGGAACGCCCCAAGAAGCCCAGACCCAGACCACCAUCUCCUGGAAACCCUUCAAGCAGAGUUCAGCAUACCUGGUGUCCUGUAACCCAGUGACCCACAGAGAGGAGCAGUCGUUCCAGAUGCGUCUACCAAGUACCACCACCAGUGCUACUCUGAUUGGUUUGACAUCUGGUGCAUCUUACAAUGUUAUUGUGGAGGCCCUAAAAGGACAGCUCAAGCACAAAAUCCUGGAAGAGAUCAUCACUGCAGGAAACACAGUCCCCGAGGGUGCUUCGACCAGCCCAGACUCAUGCUACGACACCCUCACAUCCACCUCCUAUAACGUAGGGGAGGAGUGGGAACGCAUGUCUGAGACUGGCUUCAAACUCUGGUGCAGAUGCCUCGGCUUGGGCAGCGGACAUUUCAGAUGUGAUUCCUCCAAAUGGUGCCACGACCAAGGCCAAAACUACCGUAUCGGUGAGAAGUGGGACAGACAGGGAGAGAACGGUCACAUGAUGAGCUGCACUUGCCUGGGUAACGGCAAGGGAGAGUUCAAGUGCGAGCCGCAUGAGUCGACCUGUUACGAUGAUGGGAAGAUUUACCACGUGGGUAGCCAGUGGCAGAAAGAAUACUUGGGAGCUAUCUGCACUUGCACUUGUCAUGGCGGACAGCAGGGAUGGCGCUGUGAGAACUGUAAGAGACCUGGUGCUGAGGUGAAUGCCGACCUUCUCCAGCCCGUCCGCUCAGAUGUUUUCACCCGCUACAGAGACAGCACCGUCCGCAAAGUGAACAUUCAGUGUCCCAUUGAGUGCCUUAGACCAGAGCUUCUCGCAGAUGCAGUCGCCGCCCCCCACCCCAGACAGUGAUCGACCAACGCCUUUUUGGACUGUGCCAUUUCGCACCCCCCCACCCCCACCCCCACCCUAUGACAUCCCAGAGGGGAGACAUGUAACAGAGAUGUGACUUUUGAGACUGCUAACUCAUUAAGUGCCUUAAUCCUUCCUAAUCGUAUCAACCACCGCCGUACCGCUGCUUCACAGCCAAAUCCUGCCACGAUUCCCCAAGCGACAGCCACUUCCCUUCAUUUCCUUUGAUUGGCUGUCGUUUUUUCCAUCAAGGGAUUUGAUUGGCUGAUGUUUUUAUGUUGUGUUUUUGUUGUUAUUGAGUUUGGUUUGAUGGUGUGGUUCUUUUCAAAGGCUGUUGAGUCUCAGAUCUGUGUACCUAAGUAGUAGAGUUUAUUGGAUUAAGAUGAGGAGGUUUCUUUAACAGUCUGGUACACAAGGAUUUUGAGACUCCACAAAUAUAACAAAAGAACAUCCCUUUUUGUUUUGUUUAAUUCAACCAUGUUUCAGUUAUUUGACUACUCAAUUUCCUAAAAGUAGCCAUUGUUUUGUUUGUCUAUGAAGAGUUCUCAAUUGCAGCUUUGCAUUGACUCUGGUGACAGAGUGUGUCUGGUUAAAGCGUCAAAACUACCUUCUCAGUAUUGCACCCUGAAGUUGAAACGAUCUAUUUUUCUACUGAAAUGACAAAUGAGAUGAAAUUAACCUGUAAGAAAACAAGCACUGUUUUGAGAAAAUGUUGGUGUACCUCUGUGGUACAUUGAGGUUCGUCAAUUUCCCAAAUCUAUGUUCUGAAGUUGACUUGUUUUUUGUUUGUUUUUCUUCUGUGGCUCACAUUUGUUUGAGAGGAGUCAGCACUGUGCUUUAUAACACUUACUGAUUUUGAUUUGAUAAUUUGUUGUAAUUUUCUAACUUGCAUCUUUAUUUAUCCCUUUAUUCCUAAAGUGUUUGAUUUAAAUGCAAACAAUGGAGUGUUGAGAUUUGUUUUGAUCAUUUUUUACUGUAGGUGCCAAGUCUUCACUACUGUCAAAUUCCCCUUUUUUGAUAAAGUUUUACAAAGAACCUCAAAA